CAGGAGUCCAGUGUGCAUCGGUUUAGUUUAAAAAUAGUAAAUGCAACGAACUUUUGUGUGUUUUACUGGCCCACUCUUGAUGACAAGGCCUGGCAGCUGAAACAAUGAGCUUGGCAAACGACGCUUUACCCAUGGAAAUUACCCCGAGCCCCGGCUUGGCUGCCACGAGUCGUGGCGACCUGGAGAAGGUUCUGGCCAUGCUCGUCCUCGGGCUGGGAAGCCUUUUAUCCGGAAUGCUGCCCGCCUGCAUUUCGGAGCGGAAUCGUCGCCGCUUCCCGCUGACCACUUCCCUGCUCCUCUGCUUCGGAGCUGGCAUUCUGCUGGCCACCGCCUUGGUUCACAUUCUGCCCGAGGUGCGCGAGCAAAUGGACUCGAAAUUCGCUGAAGUGGCCAUGUGCGGCGGCUUCUUCAUCAUCUACUUCAUCGACGAGUUCAUACACUACUUCUUUGGCGAGGCCAUACAGCACACACAUGCCCAGGCUCCGGAAACGGAGCCCAUAAGGCGACCCACUAAUAAUGGCAGUGGCUAUGGUGCAGUGGGUGAGCGGGCGCCUCUUUUAUCAGCGGAGCCUACGUCACACGGCCAUUCGCAUGAACACAGCGAUCAUGACCACGAUCACCCGUACAGCGCAUCCGGCUGUGAUGACGCCAGCGUGGAGGACGCCAACGCCCGCAUCUGCCACACCAGCCACACGGAGCCCUGCGUCCAGUCCAUGACCGGCACCCUGGGCCUCUUUGUGGCCCUGUCCCUGCACUCGGCCAUCGAGGGAUUGGCCAUUGGGGUCCAAAACUCUUCCACAAAGGUUCUAUUUCUUCUGGGGGCCGUCGCCUGCCACAAGUUCGUGAUGGGCUUUUGUCUGGGACUCGAGUUCCGCUCGAAUCCGCAGACCAGUUUUCGCGCCCAGUUCGUCGGCAUCUCGGUGUUUGCUCUGGGCGCUGUUAUUGGCAUUGGCCUGGGCAUGCUUAUCGUGGAUGUGCCCGCCGCCUGGUCCAGCAAAACGCUGCCUAUCGUUCAGGCUUUGGCUGGUGGCACGCUCUUCUACGUCACCGUCUGCGAAGUGAUUCCGCGCGAGAAGGCGCGCUGGCACUCGAAUAGCACGCGACGCUGGGCGGGAUUCGCGCAGUUCGCAACUGUGGCCGCCGGCUUUGCCACGAUGUGUGUCAUUAAUUUUUAUCUAUCUGAUGAGGAAUAGGAAUCUUGGUUAGAGUAAUCUUCAUUGCGCUGUGACCGAUUGUGCCCUUAUUUUAUAGGAUAGCAUAACUUUUACGCAUUGGCAGCUGUAAGAUCCCCUGAUAUGUGCAUUUCCAUUGAAUCUUUUUAUACAUAUAUAGCCAGAAUACAAAGCAAAAAAAAUAUCUUUUCGUCUACAUUUAUAUUUUGCAUUCUCCAAAGUACUUGUUAUUUUUUUAUGCUUUUAUUAUAUAUAAUAAACCUUACACUUAAGUUGGUAAUCAAAAAAAAGGGCAUCCUUUUUCAUUUUUGAUUAAUAUUACUAAACCAAUCAUAAAACGUCAAUCAUUUUACUUAUUUAUCUGGGAACAUCCUGCCUCUUGUUUUAAACCAAUUAAAACAACAGCUAUGUACUACAUCUCUAUAUGUAUGUAAAUAGGCAUAUGUGUAUAUAUAAAGUGUUUACCUAGUCUUGAAA